AUGUGGAAGGCUUCGGCAGGCCACGCCGUGUCCGUCAGUCAGGUCGACGGCGGUGCCGACGACUGGGAAACCGACCCCGAUUUCGAGAACGACGUCAGUGAGAAGGAGCAGAGAUGGGGCGCCAAGACCGUGCAGGGGUCCGGGCACCAGGAGCACAUCAACAUCCACAAGCUGCGGGAGAACGUGUACCAGGAGCACCGCAGCCUCAAGGAGAAGGAGCUGGCCACGGGCCCCAGGGCCUCGCACGGCUACGGCGGCAAGUUCGGCGUGGAGCAGGACAGGAUGGACAAGUCAGCCGUCGGCCACGAGUACCAGGCGAAGCUCUCCAAGCACUGCUCGCAGGUCGACUCCGUCCGCGGGUUCGGGGGCAAGUUCGGCGUCCAGGUGGACCGGGUUGACCAGUCGGCCGUGGGCUUUGAGUACCAGGGCAAGACGGAGAAGCACGCCUCCCAGAAAGACUACUCGAGCGGCUUCGGCGGCAAGUACGGCGUGCAGGCCGACCGCGUGGACAAGAGCGCCGUGGGCUUCGACUACCAGGGCAAGACGGAGAAGCACGAGUCCCAGAAAGAUUACUCCAAAGGCUUCGGCGGCAAGUACGGCAUCGACAAGGACAAGGUGGACAAGAGCGCCGUGGGCUUCGAGUACCAGGGCAAAACGGAGAAGCACGAGUCCCAGAAAGACUACACGCGAGGCUUCGGGGGCAAGUUCGGGGUGCAGACCGACCGGCAGGACAAGUGCGCGCUGGGCUGGGACCACCAGGAGAAGCCGGAGCUGCACGACUCCCAGAGAGACUACUCCGUGGGGUUCGGCGGGAAGUACGGGGUGCAGAAGGACCGCAUGGACAAGAACGCCUCCACCUUCGAGGACGUCGCCAAGGUGCCGUCCACCUACCAGAAGACGGUCCCUGUGGAAGCAGCCACCAGCAAGACGAGCGACCUCAGAGCCAACUUCGAGAACCUGGCCAGGGAGCGGGACCAGGAGGACCGGCGGCGGGCGCAGAGGAUGGCGCAGGAGAGGCAGGAGCAGGAGGCGGCGCGCAGGCAGCUGGACGAGCGAGCCCGCGCCCAGAGGCAGAGCCCGCCCGCCUCCCCCGCCCCCCAGCCGGCUCCCGAGAGGCCGCCCUCCAGCCCGGUCUACGAGGACGCCAUUUCCGUGAAGGCCGAACCCGGCUCCAGAGGCCCCGUGAGCGAGCCUGAGCCCGUGUCCAGCAGGGAGGCCGGCGGCCAGCAGGGCCUGGUCUACGCCCCCGAGGCCGUCUACGACUCCACCGAGGCCCCGGGCCACUACGCAGGAGAGGAGAGCACCUAUGACGAGUAUGAGAACGACCUGGGCAUCACGGCCAUCGCCCUCUACGACUACCAGGCCGCGGGCGAUGACGAGAUCUCCUUCGACCCGGACGACAUCAUCACCAACAUCGAGAUGAUCGAUGACGGCUGGUGGCGCGGGCUGUGCAAGGGCCGGUACGGGCUCUUCCCGGCCAACUACGUGGAGCUGCGGCCGUAG